GUGGUUGUCGGUGUCGACGGCUGAGUGGGCCCUUGUGCGCCUGCGCGAGCCGGGCCCCCUUAGGCCGCUCCUGCCAGCGCCUCCCCAGUCGUCUCGGAUGCGCGGCGCGGCACCGGCCGGUGGGCGCUGAGGCGAGCGGCAGUCCCGGGCGCCCCGCCCCCUCCUCUCCCUCCGCGCCGCCGUGAGGGGCCGGUGCGCCGCCGCCGCCUCCCCGUCCCUCCCCGCCCCCGGCCGCGCCGCUGGCUCCCCCGGGGUCCCGCGUCGGCAAAUGGUCGGGCCGGAGGAUGCCGGAGCUCAGGGCGGCGCAGCCUUGCUUCCCUCGGGCCGGGCGGAGGAGGAGGCGUCGGCGGCGGCGUCGGAGGAGAAGGACGGCGAGCGGGAUGGGAGCCUGCAGCGCUACUUGGCCGGCAAGAGGCCUCCCAACGGGGAUGCCUGCGGCGGCGGCAGGAUGACCAACGGCGAUGCCGGGUUCCUCCUCCCGCCGCCGCCUCAGGACGGCUCACCGAGCCCGGACGAACCGCCGCUGCCGCCUCCGCCAGGGGAAGAGAAGCUCCACAACGGCGGCUGCGCCUUUCUCCUGCCGGCCCGGCCGAGCGGGGUAACUCUGGAGGAGCCGCUGAAGAGCUGCAGCCUGGCCGGGACGGCCUUGUCGCCCUGCUCCUCUUCCUCGGGCAGCCCUUCGCCCGUCUCCGAGGAGGCCGAGAGCCCGGCUUCCCCUUCCCGGGCGCUGCCUUGCCUGGCCUCCUUGGCCUUCAUGGACAUCAGCCUCAGCUCCCGCAACACCUUCGAGGUCAGCCGCCGCCGCAGCGCCCCGGACCCCUGGCAGCAGCAGCAGCCGCCCUCCUCGCAGCAGGAGCAGCAGCCCAGCGCCAAUGCAGCAGCUGCAGCCGCCGUGGCCAUGGCCGAGCAAGGCGACGGGGCCAAGCGGCUGGGCGGUAUCGGCGGCUCCAGCUUCGCCGAGUUCUUCACGAGGAACUUCUUUACCAAAAGGACAAAGGAACUCAAACCUGCGGUCCACAGUGCUCCUGGCUGGAAAUUGUUUGGAAAAGUCCCACCUAAAGAGAAUCUUCAGAAAGACUCCAGAAUAAUUCAGCAGGAUGAAAGUUCUGGCAGUGUUGCAUCAGUAUCUACACUCAAUCUAUUAAACACAGGGGAAUAUGAAGCAAGAACAGGAAAAGGGUCUAAACCUCUACCCCAAGCAACAAGACGAAGGCACUUUGAAUUUGAGCCACUUUCAACUACUGCUCUUAUUUUGGAGGAUCGGCCAUCGAAUCUACCUGCCAAAUCUGUAGAAGAGGCUUUACGACACAGACAAGAAUAUGAUGAAAUGGUAGCAGAAGCAAAAAAGAGAGAGAUUAAGGAUGCCCAUAGGCGGAAGAAAAUAAUGAAAGAACGCUUCAAACAAGAAGAGAAUAUUGCUAGCGCUAUGGUGAUUUGGAUCAACGAAAUACUGCCUAAUUGGGAGAGCACGCGUUCCACAAGAAGAGUUCGGGAGCUGUGGUGGCAAGGGUUACCUCCAAGUGUACGUGGGAAGGUUUGGAGUCUUGCUGUAGGAAAUGAACUCAAUAUCACUCCUGAGCUGUAUGAAAUCUUCCUAUCCAGAGCCAAGGAGCGAUGGAAGAGUUUCGGGGAGGCAGGCACCGAGAAUGAUACAGAAGAUGCUGGAGUAUCGGUUGCUGACCGGGAGGCUAGUUUGGAACUAAUAAAAUUGGAUAUAUCCCGCACUUUUCCAUCCCUCUAUAUUUUUCAGAAGGGGGGCCCAUAUCAUGAUCUUCUGCACAGUGUCCUGGGAGCAUAUACAUGUUACAGACCUGAUGUAGGAUAUGUCCAGGGAAUGUCCUUCAUUGCUGCUGUUCUCAUUCUCAACCUGGAAGAGCCGGAUGCUUUCAUUGCCUUUGCAAACCUCCUGAACAAGCCAUGCCAGCUGGCCUUCUUCCGUGUGGAUCACAGCAUGAUGCUGAAGUACUUUGCAGCAUUUGAAGUGUUUUUUGAGGAAAACCUCCCCAAAUUGUUUCAUCAUUUUAAAACCUACAAUCUUACUCCAGACAUAUACUUAAUAGAUUGGAUCUUCACCCUGUACAGCAAGUCACUACCCCUUGAUUUGGCCUGUCGUGUCUGGGAUGUCUUUUGUAGAGAUGGAGAAGAAUUUUUGUUCCGAACUGGAUUAGGAAUUCUUAGAUUAUAUGAAGAUAUCCUCCUACAAAUGGACUUCAUUCAUAUAGCACAGUUUCUGACAAAGCUACCUGAAGACAUCACGUCAGAGAAGCUCUUUGCUUGUAUUGCAUCUAUUCAGAUGCAGAAUAGUAACAAAAAAUGGGCUCAGGUGUUUGCAUCAUUAAUGAAGGAUAGCAAAGAAGGAGACAAAAAUCAUAGUCCAGCACUAAAAUGUUAACUUCAAAGUUAAUGGUAAAGUAGAAAACCACUUGGAUUGUUAAACAAUUCUAAACAUUUUCCCAAUGAAAACCACUAAGGAGAAACUGCUUGGAAGGCUCAAGGAAGAGACAGUAUUUGACUGAGUGCAGUGGUGGAAUUGGAUGAAAUCUUUCGCCCUGUUGCCAGUAUUAAAGAGCUUUUUGUGGGAAGAAACUUUUCACAAGAAGCAAGAAAUAAAAAAACGUGUAAAACGGAAAAAAAAUGGCUAAUGUAUAUUUAAUAUUUAAAGUUUAAUGCAAUAAAAUUUGUAAUAACUUUUGUUGGUACUUAAAGGUUUGAGGGAUACCUUUUUAUGAUUACCACAAAGGCACUUUUGGGAGUGAGGCAGGUGUUGAAGUUAGGCCCCAAAAAACUGCUACCUGAACCAAAUGUUUUGGUGCAAAUACCUCCAAAAUUAACCGGUGAGAUUCUUAGGACCAAAUAAGUUUGUUUUUGGUAUACAUGCUUGCCAGGUAACAAGAGGCUUUUUGAUAUGUCUUACCAGGUCCUCUGAAAUUGCAGCUUCAUUCUUCAGUUAAAUCAAUGUAUGCAAGUUGAGGCUGAGGAAUUUGCCCUCAGUCUUCCUUCAGUCAUUGAUAAAAGGUCUCUUGGCAGAGGUCCAACCAGUUUGCUUGGAUGGUAUGCUUGUGUAAGCAGCUGAUUGGCUUCUGGAAUUUUGGUGGCUGAAAUUCUGGGUGGGCAGCUUGCUUAAAGGAAAAUUUAGAUUGCUAUUCCAUGGAAAUCAGAUGAUUUUUUUUUGUUGACUAAUCAAAGUGACUUAUACUUGAUAAACACUAGUAUAAUUAAUAAGCUAGUGAUGUCCUUUUGCACAUUUUAAGGAAUGUUAAUGUUGAAAGUUUGAAUCCCUGUAUAUUAACUUUUUUUCACUUAAACAUGCAGAAUUGAGUAGUUUUGAACUCCAGUGUGUACAAUAAUGAAUACUCCAAAUGCAUUUUGUCAGCCCAAUACUUUCUCAGUUAACAUUGGUGUGAUACUGUAAAGGCAACUCAAAGAAGUUCUUCAGCUUCUUCACACUCCUGAAACAUUUUAAAAUGGCUUUUGAGCUGGAGGGCCAGCGGGAGGGGGGAGGAUACCUCUUAAUACUCUGAGCAGCUGAUGCUUGGUAUUUCUAAAUCCAUUUUGAUAGUAUUAAUGUAAAUAACAUUGCAUUAUGACUUUUUGUACCUGAUCCCUGUAUGUGGAAAUGAAGUCAAAUUUAUCAUUGCAUUUAAAAAAAACAGUGAGACUACUUCAGUUGUCAAGUGUUAAAAAGUUGCAGAACCUGUUUUUAAAAUUUUGAGUUACAAUAUGUUGUAAUAUUUAUGUUGCUAUCAAAUUUAAAACUACAUCUAAAUACUACUUUACAACAUACAUUUUGAAGUUAACACAUCUGAUUUUUCUUAUGUAUUUACUUAGUUCCAGUAUAUGUCCUCUAUUUGGUUCUCUUGUACAGUUUUCUUACUUUUCAAGUAUACACAUGUAUAUAAAUUGUACAUAGAAGGGAUCUAGCCUUCGUUCAAGACCACUAGUAAAAAUUCCUAUGUAAAUAAAACUCAUAAGGAAAUGAA